UUCUCGAAGUGGGCUAACCUGUAAACCACCCUUGCGAAGGGAUGCCAAAUCUAGUUAGCGAUGAGAUUAUUCCUGCCAGUGUGCAGUUAAGGGUGGGCGAUCCAAGUGUGCUUUGUUAUUUUCUGGCAAGAGUUGAUUAUUCCCCUCCAGAAAGUCGUAACGAAAAUCGGAAAAAAGUGGCGAAGUUUGAAGGCAAAAUAUUUUCAGCGGUGAAUAAUUUUUUUUCGUCUUCUCCUUUAGUCAACCAAAUAAAAGACUUGAUGACCCGACAAACCACCCAGACCGACCCUGAAGACGUCGUCAUCGCCACCGAAACGAAGAUGGAAGAAACCAAACCGCCAACUCGGCUCUCGGCACGACACUCCGAAGUCUCCAAGAGCCAAAUGAAGGAGUUUCGGGAAGCGUUCCGGCUCUUCGACAAGGACGGUGACGGAAGCAUCACCAAAGAGGAGCUGGGACGUGUUAUGCGUUCGUUAGGCCAAUUCGCCCGAACCGAAGAAUUGCAACAAAUGCUCCAGGAGGUGGAUGUUGACGGUGACGGAAAUGUCAGUUUUGAGGAAUUUGUUGACAUUGCUUGGUCAGCGGGCGCUGGAGGUGACCCCGAACAUGUCCUCUCGAGGGAGGAGGAAGAGAAGGAAUUGAGGGACGCGUUUAGAGUGUUUGAUAAACAUAAUAGAGGGUAUAUUACCGCCUCCGAUUUGAGGGCGGUUUUGCAAUGUCUUGGGGAGGACCUUUCAGAAGAAGAGAUUGAAGAUAUGAUUAAAGAAGUCGAUGUUGACGGUGACGGCCGUAUAGAUUUCUACGAAUUUGUCAAUGCUCUGGGAGAGCCGGGCACCGAAGACAGUUACGACGACGAAGACGAUGAAAUAAUCGGUUAUUAAUUUCUAAGUGUUAUAUCAAUGUAUGAAUCAUAUCGAAUUUUUACAUCUGGAUGUGAUGUUUUCUCUGAAUUUGCUGUUUGCAAUAAUCGUCUAUUAAGGGGGUCCAUAGAUGUCGAAACUUCUUGACGGGUAUAUGGUAGCCAAUUCUACAAGCUUUACAAUUGGGUGAUACAUUUCAAAUUUUUGUGUUUAUUUAUUUGUCGAAUUAAUGCUUAUUAUAUUGUUUGAAUUACAUGAAAUAAAACUAUUCGAAACAAAAA